GGGGGCAGUGAGAGGCGACAGGGGGGAUUGGUUUGCGUUCAGACUAUGGUGCGGCUGGCACCUAACUACUGGCGGCCUCCGCUUCCCUGGCGAUGAAUUUCCACCUCCGUCCGCUGGUGGCGCUCCUGGCGCUGUCGGUCGCCUCAGGCGAUGACCCCGUGGUGACCCAGGUGGACCUGAGCGGGGAGGUCAGCCGACUGACCCACCUGCGGGUCAGUCCGGGCUCGGGACAGGUCUAUGUGGCCGGGGUCAACCGGAUCUACCAGCUGUCGCCAGCGCUGGCCCGACUACAGGAGGUGGCCACCGGACCCCAGCAGGACAGUCCGCAGUGUCCCGCCUCCGGGUGCGCUGAAGGUGUCGAGACGGCGCCCACAGACAACGUGAACAAAGUGCUGGUGGUGGACCAGGAGACAAGGACGUUGCUGGCCUGCGGAUCCGUGCGGCAGGGAGCGUGCGUCAAGUACGAACUGGCGAACAUAACGCGGCCCAGUCAACAGCUGCCGCAUGCCAUAGCUGCCAACGACGCCAACUCGUCGACGGUAGCCUUCAUCGGACCGGAACACUACAACCCGUGGGGGUAA